GUUUUGAUGUAUUAGUAGCAGAUUUUCUAGGGUCACAGGUGUUAUGUACUGUGGAUACCAUCCGUGGUGUACUGUGUUUUGAAAGUGUCACCAUGCUGCUAGGAAGUGUGGUCACUGGCCUUAAGGAUGACAUUGCUUAUUCAAUUAUUAUGAUGAACUUUCAGCAUAAUAUGAAUCUGUCUCCUGAAGAUCUUCAGCAUGGCCUAGAAAUGGAAGAAGAUGGAGGAAUGAGUGAGAGCACCUUGGGUGAUGAAAGAUUCUUCCUUCCUCAAAUAAAAGGUUACAUGGUCAAAGCAACAGAUGCAGAUGCUGACCAGUUUGGUGAAAUUGAGUAUUCUCUUUAUGAUGGAUUUCAUUUUUAUGAAAAAUCUAAAGCCUUCCAGAUUGACCCACAUACUGGUCAGAUCUGUGUGUCUCAAGACAUUGACAGAGAAGGAGAUCCAACCACUUAUGACCUCUUAGUAAAAGCUACGGAUGGGGGUGGGCUGAGUGCCCAAGCUUUUGUUCGCAUCGAGAUAGAUGAUAUUAAUGAUAAUCAACCCGUGUUUGAACAAGACACCUAUGUGACAAGUAUCAGCAGUCAUACACAGCCAGGAACAGAAAUCAUCAACGUUGUUGCCACAGACAGAGAUUCAGGAAUAUAUGGCAUUGUCACGUAUGAACUGGUCCCAGGAGAAUUUUCUUCUUUUUUCACAGUGGAUACAUCCACAGGAAUUAUUUACCUAAUCUCAGCUCUUGGCCACUUGGCACAUUCUGCACUCUUCCUGACUGUUUCUGCACAGGAUGGGGGUGGCCUUCCCUCUGCCACCAAUGCAGCUGUCACAGUAAACAUCCUUCAGACUGUUUUGGCCCCUGCCAUAUUUGAGAGAUCCCGAUAUACUUUUUGUGUUCCGGAAGAUGCACCUGAAGACAGCCUGAUUGGCACUGUAAAGGCCAGAGAGCCUCCAAAUUCUUUAGAAGUGGUUUCUUACAGAAUUUCCUCUGGUGAUCCACAUGGAAAGUUCUCUAUUGACCCCCAGUUUGGCGUUAUCCGCACCAAAAACCAGCUUGACUAUGAAGCUCAGUCUGUUGUAGUGCUCACCAUUCAGUCACAGUUGGGUAACUCCCCAGUCUACAGUAGCACUCAAGUCAACAUAUCUGUGAUAGAUAUUAAUGACAAUCCUCCAGUAUUUCUUACUGAAUCUGAUAAGGUAACUAUUUCACAUACUCAGCCUCCUGGCACUGCUGUCUACAUUGCUCAUGCAGAAGACAAAGACAGUGGCCUAAAUGGGGCAGUCAAAUACAGUAUUGCAAGCAAGCAGUCAAAUGCAUUUAGCAUUGAUCCAAGUCUUGGAGUGGUAAGCCUUACAUUUUUGCAGGAAUAUACUCUACAUAUAACAGCUGAGGACUGUGGAAGUCCUCCUCUGACUUCUUUGCUGAUGUUGACAGUGGUUAUUGAAGAGCAGAAGAUGGGCCCUACUUUGGUUUUUCAAAACUUGGUGUAUCAAGUAGAAAUCAGUGAAGCUACCUCUCCAGGUGCCCGAAUUCUUCAGGUUCAAGCCCACUCACUUGAUCCACACAGUGUUACCUCCAAUUUGACAUACUCCUUAGAGCCCAGCACUGAUUCUGUUGCAUUUGGAAUCAACUCUGAUACUGGCUGGAUUUAUCUUCGGAGACAUUUGAACUAUGAAUGCACACAGAUACUAAGUUUUAGAGCCUUGGUCAGCACCUCCAAGGAUGAAAACCUCGGGCAAAAUGCAAGUACAUCGGUCAUAGUUAAUGUCCUGGAUGAAAAUGACAAUUCUCCCAUGUUUAUGCAUGAGAGCUACUUCUUUGAAGUGGAGGAAAAUCCAAUUCCCAGGGGUGUGGUUGGCACCGUUAAAGCUGUUGACAAAGACUCAGGAAGAAAUGGACAGCUUUCCUAUUUCCUCUUGUCUGAUGGAAAGUAUUUCAAGAUGAAUUCCAACACAGGUGAAAUCAUAAACUGGGUUGCACUAGACCGUGAAACCCAAGCUCACCACCAGCUGACCGUGCUCGUGACGGACCACGGGACACCGCGGCUGAACGCCACGGCCGCAGUGUACCUCGCGGUGCGGGACCUGAACGACCACGCGCCGCAGUUCCCGCAGCUGCCGCCAGGGGGCCUGAGCCUGCAG